AUGGGCGGCCACAAUAACUUCCUUCCUAACCAACCUUGGUCUCCUGCCGGUGGCUGGUUCUUCAUCCCCAAGAACGCCAAGUCUAACCUUGCCAUUCUUUCACUUGCCACUUUCGCCAUUUCCUAUGUCGGUUACAAGUUUUCUGAAGCUACCCAGGUCCAGUCUAACACUGAGGUUGAUGAUGCUACCAUUGCACGCUGGAACGCUGCUGCUAAGAAGUCACGCGAAGCUUCUGCUAUCGCAAAGGCUGCUGGCAGUGCGUAG